AUGAUUUCUCUCUGGCAAGAGAAGGCAAAAUCACCAUCUUUAUCUACACGGAGUUCUAACCAGGGCGUCGAAGAGAUCAUCUUUGCCUUGAAGGAUGUAUAUGAGAAACGGAUUAAGGAAAUCCAGGAUAACCAUAGGAGCGAAAUUCAGGCAAUGGAAAACGAACGUUCUUGUCUGAAGGCGACGCUGAAGGAAAAAGACGAAAUCAUUCAGAAAGUUACUGAAAACGUUGUAAGGCUCAUGACUAGAACCACGACAAACGAGGAAGAAUCAAUCUCGAGCCGAAAGUGCCAAGAGAGUAAUAAAGAAGAAGAGGUCGAAAAGGAGAGAAAGGAACUGGCAGACGCACUAAAAGAAAUUGCAAAACUGAAAGAAGACUUGGAGGAACUUCGGAGGGAGGUAAGAGCUGGACAGAAGAAUGACAAGGAUGCCAGCCAAUCAAGAAAGAGGCCACGCAAAUACAGCGAGGAAAACCAGGAUCCACAAAGCAGAUUCUGGGUAGGAUUCGCAACCAACAUGGACUUCUCUGAGUGGGAUGUCUAUUCAUUGGUGAAGACAGAUUCGACCAGAAGAACUAGUGACGCUGAAGUAGUCAACGAACGCGGAACUGCCAUAAGGAAGGGGAGUAAAAUGCGGCGCUGGAUUGGAAAAAUUGAAAGGUGGUUGAAACGCGAAUCUAAACACGAUCCUGUGUGGGAAGAACUUCGGGAAGGACUGCUCAGAGACUGGCAAAAACUUUCUCAUUCUGAGGUGAUACCUGAGUCUGAAAUAAAGGACAUACUUCAGGAUAUGGAGCAGAUGUUUAAGAGUGAAAUUGAGAUGGGAAAGGAGGACAUAGAAGCGGUGCUUAAGCACGAGGCACCUGAAACGGAACCAAAAGAGGUACUGGGAGAUACAGAAAUAUUCGAGGAAAUCAGAGAGAUCCUUGAGGAGGAGAAGGCUGAAAGGCGCUCUACACGAAGGUGGGAAAAAAACGCAUGGAAAUCCGUAAUCCGGGAACAUAAGGAGAGAAAGGCCAACGAAAGGGCCGACAAAAAUCUAAGGAAACGGCAAUUACUCUCUAGAAAAUGGGAAGAAAAGAAGAGAAAGACUCAAAGGAAAGCUGAAAAAAGGUGGGUUAGCGCAGUCAAGAGGAACAUCAUGGAGCGACACAAGGAGAGGAAUCAGAAAAGAAGAGAUGACAGAUUGAGGAAACUGAGGGACCUGAUCGAGUUUGUCAAGCAAGAACGUAAGAUAAUGAAACAGAAAAAGAAGGCUGACCAAGAAUUACUAGAAAGAGAAGCCACGUUUUUGGCACUGUAUGACCAUCAAGUAAGGAUGGAAGAACGAAAAAGGAAAAAGGAAGCACGAAGAGCUUUCAAGCAGGAAUUGAAGGAAUGGAAUGCCCAAUUGAAGGCUGAAGAAGAUAGGAUGAAGAAUGAAAUCAGAACCAAGUUAGAGGAAGAACACAAGAGGAGAAAGGCUAAAGCAAAGCUUGAAAAACAGAAGCUAAAUAGUGCAUUAAAUGAUCUCAAAAGAAGGAAAAAAGACCUGUGGAGAAAACGAAAACCCAAAAGGUCUAAAGUAGAAGUGCAACUUUGUGAUUACGCUUUGCUCUUCCUUCAGGAUCCUGCAUUGCUCAAUUUGUAUCACAGACUUAAAUAUGAUCCUACAUUUAUCACCGAGGAUAGUCUGCUGGAGCGUCGGAAAAAGAGGAAAAGAGCUAGGAAGGCAACACAUUCUCAAAAGGAGGUUUGGGUAUGGAAGAGGAAUUCAAAAGGGAAAUAUAAAUUGAUAGAAAAGAAGAAAAUAGACCGGACAGCAUCAAACAAAUAG